AUGUUUCGCACGCAGCAGAAUGCAUACGAUGACAUCGUCGCGAAGGCGACCGAUGAAAACCUAACCUCUGAGAAUUGGGAGUAUAUUCUUGAUGUGUGUGAUAAAGUGUCGACAGAUGAGUCAGGUGCGAAAGAUGCCGUAGCUGCCAUGAUCAAACGGCUAGCUCAUCGAAAUGCAAACGUUCAGCUGUACACCUUAGAGCUUGCCAACGCACUUUCUGAGAAUUGUGGUGCAACAAUUCAGCGCGAGCUAGCAUCAAAAAGUUUCACGGACGCCCUUUUGCGGCUAGCCGGUGAUCGAACUACACACCAGCAAGUGAAAUCCAAAAUAAUAGAACACAUGGAGCACUGGACAGAACUUUUCUCUAGCAAUGCGGAUUUUGGCAUCAUGGAACAAGCGUAUAUGAAACUAAAAUCACAGAACCCCAAUAUACAGCCACCUUCAAAACCUACAAAACGGCAAAUCACAGAUAUAGACCGGCAAAAGGAGGAAGAGGAGCUUCAGAUGGCACUCGCUCUAUCCAUCAAGGAAAAACAGCCCGUUGUGCCAGUCCAGCAAGAGACUUCUUCACAGCAAGUUGCCGCGGCUCCGUCCGCUCAAGCACAGACCCCACCUUCACAGGGCAUUCCCUCCGGAACCACCGCUGCCACGGUCUCUCGUGUUCGCGCCCUUUAUGAUUUCCAACCCUCUGAGCCUGGAGAACUUCAGUUCCAGAAGGGUGACAUUAUUGCUGUUUUGGAGUCCGCGUACAAGGAUUGGUGGAAGGGAUCGCUCCGUGGCCAAGUGGGCAUUUUUCCUUUGAACUAUGUCGAGAAGCUUUCAGAUCCUACCCAGGAGGAGCUACAGCGGGAAGCUCAAAUGGAAGCCGAGGUUUUUGCUGAAAUAAAGAACGUCGAGAAGCUUUUGGCUCUGUUAAGCACAAACAGCUCUGAGUUGAAUGUUCAAGAAAAUGAAGAAAUUACUAAACUAUACCACUCGACCCUUGCGAUUCGACCAAAAUUAAUUGAGUUGAUUGGUAAAUAUUCUAAGAAAAAGGAUGACUUCACGCAGCUUAACGAGAAGUUUAUCAAAGCUCGAAGGGGUUAUGAGGCCUUAUUAGAAGCGUCUAUGUCACACCCUACCCAACCUGCUUAUGGUAGACCAGCACAUCCAUCGUAUGGCUAUCCUGCCCCAAGCAGCCAUGCGGGGUAUCCAGCUCAGCAGCAAGAGCCGCAACGAUACUACUCUCCAAGGCCAUCUCAAGGAGAGGCGCAAAAUACUGCCCAUAGUGCCCCGGGCUUUUAUAAUUCUGAACAGAACCCAGCUCAUUUCGCACCGCCUUCUCAGUCGUCUGAAUUUAGAAGGGAUGCAUCUUCGGGGUCUCUGCCAUUGCCACAACAGCAAGCCCAGCCAUCACAACCGCCAUCUGACGCCUAUCCUCAAAGUGGAGCAGCUCAAUAUGGUUCGAAACCCGUUUUUGAUCCACCACAGGAACUAGGCACGUCUGCAUAUGACUCUCCGCAAGAAAACGUUCCUCCAAGUAUCCGACAUUCCUACCACCCAGCUGUCCAGCCAGGCCAAGCUUUGCCAGAUCGGACACAGCGACGCUACUCAUCGCAAGAGAAUUUGAACUUACAGCCACUACAAUCCAACCCUCCUUACCCCGUACAGCCAUCUCAAGAGCCUCCAAGGCAGCAAUUCUCCCCACCAGCCCCAAUGCACCAGCCACCUCCUGUUCCAUCAAGUGGGCCAUCACAACCUCCGUAUCCAAGCUCUCCCAGUGGCACCUAUCAAAGUUACAAGCCUCCUGUAGUACCGCAGUCAAAUAGCCCAACUUCAAAUCCUGCUGCAUUUUAUCGAUAA